ACACUGAUUUUAACCAAUAGCCAGCCGCUGUCGGGCCGCUCUUAGUGGGAGGGACUUCCUGGCAACCUUAGCAUCGCGGCCUCCGUUGAAGGGCACUUGUUUCAUUCAGCUAACGCAGGGGUCGUGUGUUAAAGGACCAGAGCUUUAGCCAGAAUGGGAGGACACGACGCCGGGAUGGAGCACCAGUUCACUGGGGUCUCCAGAUUCUUUAACUCACAGACAUACCUGGGAAGGAGGAACUGUGUUUUGGCCACGUAUGCCGGCGUUGCAGCCAUCUUCCUUUUCUUCAAGCUAAAGCCCAAGAAACAACCCGCUGUCACAGACAAGUAGUAACGUUUCCGUUUGACGGUCGCUUCCAUCUGCCCGGAGGAGGAGAGAGCAGCUGGACGUGCUCGUGAUGAAAUGUGUCUGUUUGCUUUCCUCAUGUGAACAAUAAAGAAAAAAAAAUGUAUGCCCUGAA